UUCUACUCCAAGGUAGGAAUUUAGGAUAGCCAACUUUUUCUUUGUACUAAAAAACGCUUGUCAUCAGCUUAAAAAAAGACAAAAACACUUCUGAUCUCCGCCGCGUGUCCGCCAGAUGUCAUUCUUUUAAAAGGGACCCGAAACGAAAAUGACAAUUUCCGGUGAAACUGUAAAACACAAGCACGACCCCCCAUCCCCUCUCUCCCAAAAACCUUUCCCCAAAUAUCUCAGGAUUUUUCAUACUUCAUUUUACUCUUGGGCUUAGGGCAACCCCAUUUCUUUACGGAUUCUUUAAUGUCGAAAAAAAUUCCUGAAGAAAUCGACUUAAAUUGUGAUGCUGUUCUGGUUGACCGAGAGAAUGAGGAUAAAGAUGUAAAUGGUGGGGAGGCCGAAACCGUAACGGGACGAAUAGUUGAUGCGGGGGUUUGGGACAUUGGGGAGGAUAAUGAGUCGGCUGGUGAUGGGGUUGCUGAGUCACGGAAAGAAAGCGAAAUUGAGAGCGUAAAAAAUCCAGGGAUUGAUUUGGAAGCUGAUAGUGGAUCUUUAGGUGAAGAGGUGGAUGAUGAAGUUAGCACCAAGUUGAGCUUGGGUGGAAUUUCUUUGAUGGAGGUUGAUGGAGGAUCAAGAGGAACUGGAAAUGGAGAAAGCGUUUUUAUGGAAGACGAGAAACCAGUGGAGACUGAAGAAAUGGCUGUGAGGUCUCCGGGUGGGGUAGCCGAGGACCUUAAUGUUAGUGUCUGUCCUAAUGAGGACUCAUUGAUAGAGGGGACUAGUGUUCCGUCAAGCUCAAUUGCUGAUAAUACCAUUCAGUCUGAUAUUGCUCCUGAUUCAGGUUCUGCUGAUGAGAAGCCCCUUUCUUUGGCUUUAGGCCAUGAAAAUUCUUUACCUUGUGGCAACCAGAACAUAAGUUCAAAGGAAGAAUCUUCUAGCAGAUUAGAAAGUCGGGAUAUGGAAAUUGAUACACCCGAUGAUACCAACAAAAAUCAAAUCAAUGCCAUCUGUGGUGAAGGAGACAGGGUUCUUCAGAAUGAAGAAAAUAGGUCUAAUCUGUCAAAUGAUGCAGUAGACUUGAAUCAAUGUACAAGCAUAGAUGAGGAUGUAUUGCUUGAUGUUAAUGCAAAACCAGAAAAACCAGAAGAACGAGAUUUUUAUGUCUCUGAUUUAGUGUGGGGCAAAGUAAGAAGUCAUCCUUGGUGGCCUGGACAGAUAUUUGAUCAUUUAGCUGCAACGGCAAAGGCGAAGAAGUAUUUUAAAAAGGACUGUUAUUUGAUUGCAUAUUUUGGUGAUCAGACAUUUGCUUGGAAUGAAGCAUCACGGAUCAAGCCCUUCAUGCCCAAUUUCUCACAUAUGGAAAAGCAGAAUAACAUGGAAGAGUUUCAAUAUGCUGUUGAUUGUGCUUUGGAUGAGGUUUCUAGACGGGUAGAGUUUGGUCUGGCCUGUUCUUGCAUUUCUGAGGAAGCAUAUGCCCAGGUCAAAACUCAGAUAAUUGUUAAUACUGGGAUCCGGGAAGAAUCUAGUAGAAGAGAUGGUGGGGACAGGUUUUCAAGUGCUGCUUUUUUUGACCCUUUUGAACUUGUUGAAACUAUGAAAGCAUUGGCCCAAUCACCUUAUUAUAGCGAGGUUGAUAGACUGCAAUUCAUAAAAUCGCAGGCACAAUUGUUGGCAUUCCUUCGCUGGAAGGGUUACUCUAAGCUACCAGAAUUUCAAAAUCUUUGCGGAUUGGAUACUGAUGCGAAGAUCCCUCUCUCUAAGGAAGUGAAGAAAUGUAGCAAACUGAUUGAAAAUGAUGUUCCUAGUGUCAAAGUUGACAAAGAGAAGCCAGAGAGUCGAGGUGGCUCAUGUCAUAAACGAAAGAAAAUCCCUACAGUUUCCAGCAAAAGCGAGAAGAGCUUGUCGGAGUUUAUAGCUGAGAGGCGCUUGAGUUUGCAAAAUGGUAAAAGGAAAUUGAAUAACAAAACUGGUGACAAGUUAAUUUCUUCAUCCCCAGCUAAAAACUAAAGGCUGUUGGCUCUGUGCAUGAUGGCUCA